CUUGAGUUUGCUGCGACUAGACUAUGCUGGCCAUUCGUCUGUGCAGUUUUUUGCUGAUUCUUCCCGCUUGCCUGGAGGCAGCCAGGAUACUUGCCGUAUUCCCCUUUCCAGGACCAUCGCAGUACAUCAAUGUGGUGCCCUAUUUAAAGGCUCUGGCAUCUCGGGGCCACGAGGUGACCUCGAUCAAUGCCUUUCCGCAGAAGAAACCAGUCAAGAACUUUCGAGAUAUUCCUAUCUUGGAAGUGUUUAACAACUACAAUGAUAUCAUAAACGAUCUCAAUGAUCCCAUGAACAUAUGGGAGGAGAACAACUUUAUAAACAAAUUCUUUGUGGACAUCACGCGCUCUGUUCUCAACAACAAAGAGGUGCAGGAGACCCUGUUGCCGCCUGGAAAGGAUCACUACGAUCUUAUUAUUGUGGAGGCUCUGCGCUCGGACGCCUAUUACGGCUUUGCGGCCCACUUCAAUGCACCUAUUAUUGGCAUCUCCACCUUUGGCACCGACUAUAACAUCGAUGAGCUGGUCGGCAAUGUCUCACCCCUGUCGUAUAUUCCUCUGGUGACAGAUGGUUUCACCGACCGAAUGACUUUCUCGGAGCGGAUGACAAACUUUGUGGACACUACAAUUGCCUGGCUCAACUACAGAUAUGUGCAUAUGCCGGAGCAGGAGAAAAUGUAUGCGGAGCACUUCCCGGAAGCAUCGAAACGGGUUCCCCUGUCGGAGUUGAACAGGAACUUCUCGCUGGUGCUCCUCAAUCAGCAUUUUUCGCUGAGUUUCCCACGACCCUACGUUCCGAAUAUGAUCCAAGUUGGAGGUCUGCACAUUUCUCACAAGCCAGCUCCCUUGCCCAAGGACCUGGAGGAUUUUAUUCAGGGUGCCGAAGAUCAGGGUGUGAUCUACUUUUCCCUGGGUUCAAAUGUCCAGAGCAAGGAUCUACCGGCUGACAGAAGGGAGGUGAUUCUGAAGACCUUUGCUAGUCUGCCGCAGCGAGUCCUGUGGAAGUUCGAGGACGACCAGCUGCCGGGAAAACCCCCAAAUGUUUUCAUUAGCAAGUGGUUCCCCCAGCCCGACAUCCUGGCCCACCCGAAGGUGAAGUUGUUCAUCACUCAUGGCGGUUUGCUGAGCACCAUCGAGAGCAUCCAUCAUGGCAAGCCCGUUUUGGGUCUGCCCUUCUUCUACGAUCAGUUCCUGAACGUCAGGCGGGCCACUCAGGCGGGAUUUGGCUUGGGACUGGAUCACAAGACGAUGACCCAGCAGGAGUUCAGGGCGACAAUCGAGCGGCUGCUUAAGGAACCUCGGUAUGCGGAGACGGCCAAGCAAAUGUCGGAUCGGUAUCGGGAUCAGCCCAUGUCUCCACUGGACACGGCCAUAUGGUGGACAGAGUAUGUGCUGCGGCACAAGGGAGCGUACCACAUGCGAGUGGCUGGCCAGGAUUUGGGUUUCUUCGCCUACCACAGCGUGGAUGUCAUUGGAACUCUUUUGGGUGGAGCCCUACUGAUCAUUGUGGUAACUGCUGCCCUUCUUUGGAAAAUAGCAAAGCUAGCUGGACUUGGAAGUUCCAAGAAGAAACUAAAAGAGCAGUGAAAAUAAUGAUUUUUUUAAUUAGCGGAUCUUUUUAUGUCCUUUUAAUUUUACAACAUUAAAAUUGGUGAUGUAAUUGAACAUACAAAAUUGUACAUUAUUUUAAUCAAAUCCGAUCUGAUUAGUACAAACAACAUAGAAAAUAA